AUGUUUCAGAUAACCGUAUGCCUUGCUAAUGUGUUAGCAGCACAAGCCGAAUGUUGUAAAUGCGACUGCCAGCAGUCUGGUUUACUGCAGCAACCUUAUCUUUACUAUUUACCAGUGGCUCCUACGCAUUUAGCUUCAUCUGACCAUGGACUUUACCAAAACUUAGGACACGCGUCAGUCCAAGAUGUCGCUGGCUAUACACAAUCCUCGUAUGGUGCUGGAUAUCAAAGUACUGGUGGUAUUGAUCGUCAGUAUAAUGUCCAUGGACAAGGAAUUGAAAAUUCUUUAGAUGCAGGAAGCAAGCUGGGGGUUGGUGAUAUUGCGUUGGGACUUCAAGAGACGUCGCAACAACCGUCAUUUGAUUACAAAGGACAGGGAGCAGCUGAUACAGAAUUGACAGUAUCUAAUGACAAUUUGAAACAGCAGCAGAUUUCAAAGGUGUCCACUAGUGAUGCCAACCAUUAUAUAAAAAUUGAGCAGCAGGUCAGUCCUCAUGAUAGUUCUGUUGAAGCUGCCAAUAGUUUGGAACACGAGAAAGAUCAUCAUCAUGGCAAAAACGACCAUUACAAAUUUGAGUACGGAGUGAACGAUCAUCAUACGCAUGACAUAAAAUCUCAUAAGGAGGAGAAGAAUGGUGAUGUGGUGCGAGGAGAAUAUUCUCUUGUGGAAGACAAUGGAAAUGUGAGGACUGUUAAAUAUUAUGCGGAUUGGAAAACUGGUUUCCACGCUCAAGUUCAUAAUUCGAAAUCAUCAGGAUUGAGUCGAUAAUGUAUACAGACCGAUUUUCUGCUGUACAGAUUGUCCAGAAUUUAUUUUGUAUGUUUGCGAGGUAAUUCUAUGGAUGAAGACAUGGUUAUAUAUUUCAAAAUUCUUUCUAAAGGCACUAUGUUUAUGUUGAUAUAAGGUGACCUAGUUCCAUGUUUAUUUGAGGUUUUUAAUAUAUUUAUACGUAAAGUUUAAAUACACAAAUGAAAUAUUCGGACGCCCUAUAUGAUUGCAGUGUAUUUGACGAAAGAUUUGGUAUGUUACCACUUAUGUAUGACUCCGUUGUUUUACACUAGUCUAGUAGGUAAUAUUGAUUUUACCUGUUACUACUUUCUGACUUGACAAACAAGU